UGCAGUUGAUCACGUGUCGUUACUGGAGAUCACCUGAUCGGAUCCUCCACCUCCAGCACAACUCUGGCAAAACAAAUCAAGAGAAACCAACGAGAGAAACUCCCAAAAGCAUGUGAAUGUAUGCGUUCAAUGUAAUUGAAGGGCAAGUCUCGAAUUUUAGUGGGCAGGUUGGACCUCUGUUGGAGGAUGAAACGUGUGAGUCUGCAACAAGAUCGUCUGCACUUCAUUGGAUAACUGAGCUGACGCAGGAAGAGAUGUGAAGUCAGUUCUACUUUAUAGUCAGACUGUAAUUAGGAGCUCACUGCGAACCCUUCGUUGUAGACACAAUGUCUCUGUUAGAAAGAGACAUUUUGGUUAUGGUACUCAUGACUGCAUUUACGCUUUCCUCAGGAGAUAAUAGGUGUCUGCCCCGAGACUUUGGCCAUGGCUCUGUGGUGUGCGAGUGUAAUUCCACAUACUGUGACAGCGUGGGGCCGUUGAUUGUGCCCUCACUGGGCCAGUUCACCGCCUACCUGAGCAGCAAGGCGGGCAGCCGGCUGGAACAGGUCCAUGGCCAAGUCAUCAAGAAUAGCACUGCAGUGGGUCUCAGGCUAACUAUCGUUCCUUUCGAGAAGUAUCAGGAGGUCCGGGGCUUUGGAGGGGCCAUGACAGAUAGCGCUGCUGUGAACAUUCUGUCCCUCUCCCCCGCCACCCAGGACCAGCUCCUGCGCCAGUACUUCUCCCCUGACGGUAUUGGCUACACUGUUGUGCGGGUGCCCAUGGCCAGCUGUGACUUCUCCCUACGUCUGUACACGUACGCAGACACACCUGGAGACUACGGUCUGGAGAACUUCACUCUAGCCCCAGAAGAUACCAACAUGAAGAUCCCCCUGCUGCAGCGGGCUCAGGCCAUGUCCCCCCAGCCCCUGGCCCUGCUGGCCAGCGCCUGGAGCGCCCCCGCCUGGCUGAAGACCAACGGUGCACUGACGGGGAAGGGGUCCCUCAAAGGGCGGCCGGGGGGCAAGGAGCACAAGACCUGGGCUCAGUACUACGUUAGGUUCCUGGAGGAGUAUGCUAAGCACAAUCUGUCGUUCUGGGCCUUGACCAGUGGGAAUGAGCCCUCUGCUGGACAAAUGACAAACUACAGUUUCCAGGCCAUGGGCUUCACGGCGGAGGAGCAGAGAGACUGGGUGGCUAUGGACCUGGGCCCUGCUGUCAUGGCUUCCAUUCACCCCCACACACACAUCCUCAUUCUGGACGACAACCGGCUGUUGCUGCCCCACUGGGCUAAAGUGGUCCUCAGUGACGUUGAGGCGGGGCGCUACAUACACGGCGUGGCGGUCCACUGGUACCUGGACAGCCUCGUCCCCGCAGAGAUAAGCCUGGGCACCACCCACCACCUCUUCCCAGAGUACUACCUGUUCGGCACGGAGGCCUGCGCCGGCUGGAGCCCGGUGGACAGAGGGGUGAAGCUGGGCAGCUGGGAGAGGGCGGAGCAGUAUGCCGCUAGCAUCCUCCAGGACCUUAACCACUAUGUGGUCGGCUGGACCGACUGGAACCUUGCCUUGGACCCGGGCGGUGGACCAAACUGGGUCAAUAACUUUGUGGACAGUCCCAUCAUAGUGAACCAAAAACAAGAUGUGUUCUACAAGCAGCCGUCCUUCUACAGUAUGGCUCACUUCAGUAAGUUCCUGCUCAAGGGGUCUCGCAGAGUAGGCUUGUCCGCCAGUAAAGAGACCGCCCUUGAGUUCUCGGCCUUCAUCAGACCAGAUGGCUCUGUGGUGCUGAUCAUACUGAACCGGUCAGCAUUGGAGGUCCAGUUUGAGGUGUGGGACCAUUCGGUGGGCUUCAUUCCCUCUACAGCGCCCCCUAGAUCUUUGCUGACACUCGCCUGGAACACACACUGACAUGACACCCACACAAACACAACCUGAUGAACACACACUGACAUGACUACCAUGCAAACAAAACCUGAUGCACACAAAACACACACACUGACAAAACACCCACACAAACACAACCUGAUGUACACACAACACACACACUGACAUGAGUCCCCCACACAAACACAAAACACAAACUGACAAGACACCCACGCAAACACAAACUGAUGUACACAAAACACACACAAUGAAAAGACACCCCUACAAACACAACCUGAUGUACACACAAUAAACACACUGACAAGCCCACUGUACUUAACAUCACAUGUUUAACAUGUCAACUGUUAAACUUGCCUGCAACCACAAGGGAUGCACAGACACUGGACUAAGGUGUAAAGGGCAUCAAGAGGACAUAGGUUUGGUUUUGCCACAAAUAAAUACCAAAAAUGUAAGCCUAAUCUCAGCUAUCUUAAAAAGGUUGCAGCUCAAAUGAAUACUUGAAAUUAAGACAUUGGAAAAAACCUGCUGACUUUGAAUAAACUGAAGGGAAGACAGUGAAAACUGAAUGCAAACCCAUUAGGAUUGUUCUAGGGUUUUGGAUACAAGGCAUACUAAUGGUACGCAUUGGUACUAAUGAUUUAAUCAAAACUGUAAAGUGUGCCUGCAGCCAGACAUUCUCUUUAUUAUUUUUAUAAUGUACAUAAUUUGCAUACUGUUCAUACACUGUUUUGUUGAGAAAACAAUGGGAACUGAUUUGUCAAUGUAAUUACCUAUUGCAUGGAAAAUUGCCCAUUUAUUUAUAGGAGUAGUGAUGGAAAUUAAUGGGGUCUGUUCUAAAGGAUCCAUCAAAGCUGCUGCCCAUUUGGUGUUGUCAACCAUUAAUAACACAGACAGCAGGAUGUAGGCUAAAUCUGAAAAUACAGGUUGUUUCAAGGGUUGAUUACACGCAAACGAUGUUUGGGCAUGGAUAAAUCGGAUGAAUGUACAGGAAGUACUGCAGCCAAAUACAACAUUUGUUCCAAUUUAUUAUAACAUCAUACACAUUUUUUCAUAUAUAUAAUAUACAUAUUUUGAUAAUCAGAUUUCACUUUUUUUUUCAUUCGCCGUGUUUAUUCAUUUCAAACCAUAAAUUGGACUAAAAGUAUUUACAUAAAAAAGUGAUAAAAAUGUGAAAGAAAAGACAAGUUGUUAACCAAUUAAUAAAAUGAUGAGCAGAGAUGA